AUGACGAUGUGGAAGAAUGCGAAGCAACUGGUUCCAAAGAAUGAAAAGGUCUCCAUGAAAGAAAUUUCUCAAGAUGAUAAGCACAAAGUGGCUAGAUAUACCUUGAAUAAUUCUUGUGGACCUCAAGAUGGCUUCGGGAGAGUCUUGCUCCUGGUCGGAGCUAGCGGAUCAGGGAAGAGCACGAUGGUGAAUGGGUUGGUGAAUUUCCUCAUGGGCGUGAAAUGGCAAGAUGACCGACGAUUCGAGAUAGACAUGACAUCCACUGUGAGUGGGGAGGAGAGUUAUGCAAGUCAAACCAAAUGGGUCACGGGAUACACGCUCAAGAGUCCAGAGCACGGAAUCAUGACCAUCGUGGACACACCUGGUUUUGCGGAUACAGGAGGCAUGGACACGGAUGCCUUCAUCCCCAAGCAGAUUCGGGCCUUUUUCAAGGUCAACGGUAUGAAAGAGUUAUGUGGGGUUGGGAUCGUCGUCCCGGCAGCGCAGUCGAGGUUGACCCCAGCUGAAAAAUACGUCUAUCAUUCCUGCCUGAGGAUGUUCGGGAAAGAUGUGACCGACAACUUCUAUGUCAUCUUCACCUUCUCGGAUCCAAGUGAACCGCCGGCCUUACAGGCCAUCAAGGCGGAGAACAUUCCAUAUCGAGACUAUUUCCAGGUGAACAAUUCUGCACUGUAUUCGGCCAAUACAUCUAAAAAGGACACGAUCUUCACCAAACUCUAUUGGGAUAUGGGAGUGCGGGGAUUCGGGAAAUUAUGCACUAGUCUGUCCAGGAUUAAACCCAGUCGGCAUUCGAAAGUACAAGAAAAGCUCCACGAUGCUCAGCUGACGCUGAACAGAACCUUAAAGGAAUUGAACGAUUCAUUACUUCGACUUAGCGAACGCAGUAUGAAAUCCUCGGCCAUGACAGUGAUGGACUACAUCCAGCUCCACAUCGACGCAGAACAUCAAGAGAGAAAACCUGGCUUUCAAGAGAGGCUCAAGGUCCUGAUUGAAGCAAAGUUACAAGCAGAAAAAAUUUGUGGAACAGAGGGUUUCCCAGAACAGAUGAGGAAGAAUGCAGAACUGCAGAACAGAAUCGUCCCCAUGAUGGAACUCUCUCGAGAUGACAGACACAAAAUAGCCAGAUAUAUUUUGAACAAUUCCUGUGGAUCGCGAGAUGGUUUCGGCCGGGUCUUGAUUCUGGUUGGAGCCAGUGGAUCAGGAAAGAGCACGAUGGUGAACGGGUUGGUGAAUUUCCUCAUGGGCGUGAAAUGGGAAGAUGAUAGACGGUACGAGAUCGACAUGACAUCCGCCGUGAGUGGGGAAGAGAGUCAUGCAAGUCAAACCAAAUGGGUCACUGGAUACACGAUCAAGAGUCCGGAAUACGGGAUCAUGACCAUCGUGGACACACCUGGUUUUGCGGAUACGGGAGGCAUGGACACGGAUGCCUUCAUCCCCAAGCAGAUUCGGGCCUUUUUCAAGGUCAACGGUAUGAAAGAGUUAUGUGGGGUUGGGAUCGUCGUCCCGGCAGCGCAGUCGAGGUUGACCCCAGCUGAAAAAUACGUCUAUCAUUCCUGCCUGAGGAUGUUCGGGAAAGAUGUGACCGACAACUUCUUUAUCGUCUUCACCUUCUCGGACUCAGGUGAACCGCCGGCCUUACAGGCCAUCAAGGCGGAGAACAUUCCAUAUCGAGACUAUUUCCAGGUGAACAAUUCUGCACUGUAUUCGGCCAAUAUAUCUAAAAAGGACACGAGCUUCACCAAACUCUAUUGGGAUAUGGGAGUGCGGGGAUUCGGGAAAUUAUGCACUAGCCUGUCCAGGAUUAAACCCGUUAGUUUGGCAUUAACGACUGAGGUCAUGGCGGAACAAGAUGCCCUCGACGAAAAAGUCUCCAAACUCAAGCUUCAACUUCAGAAGAUUUUCCAGGAGUUGGUGGAUCUGCAGAAUCAGGAGACGGACCUUUCACUGAAUCAUUACAGGCCAAGUGCCCGGAGGAGUCGGUAUCCAAAAGUGAAUGAAAAUCUCCGUGAGGCUCAGGAGACACUGAACAGAACCUUAAAGGAAUUGAACGAUUCAUUACUUCGACUUAGCGAACGCAGUAUGAAAUCCUCGGCCAUGACAGUGAUAGAUUACAUUCAGCUACUCAUUGACGCAGAACUCCAAGUGAGAAAUCCUGGCUUUCAAGGAAGGCUCAAUGUCCUAAACGCAGCAAAACUACAAGCUGAAGAAAUUUGUGGAGAGAAUCGUUUCGCAGACACGAGGUGGGAAAAUGCAGAACUGCAGAAGAAUAGAAUCGUCCCCAUGAAGGAACUCUCUCGAGAUGACAGACACAAAAUAGCCAGAUAUAUUUUGAACAAUUCCUGUGGAUCGCGAGAUGGUUUCGGCCGGGUCUUGAUUCUGGUUGGAGCCAGUGGAUCAGGAAAGAGCACGAUGGUGAACGGGUUGGUGAAUUUCCUCAUGGGCGUGAAAUGGGAAGAUGAUAGACGGUACGAGAUCGACAUGACAUCCGCCGUGAGUGGGGAAGAAAGUCAUGCAAGUCAAACCAAAUGGGUCACUGGAUACACGAUCAGGAGUCCGGAAUACGGGAUCAUGACCAUCGUGGACACACCUGGUUUUGCGGAUACGGGAGGCAUGGACACUGAUGCCUUCAUCCCCAAGCAGAUUCGGGCCUUUUUCAAGGUCAAC